AUCAAGCAUCUCUGUUAAACGGCUUAUUAGCUAGCUUUAGUUUGUUAAACAUCAUGCCCGCUAACGGUUCAGCUCCUGCUUUGGUCAGGCUAUCACUCACCAUCUCUAUUUACUGAGCUGAGGGAUGAAGAGCAGAAAACAGAGGUCCGGCAAAGCUGGAAGCAGCAAAAAGAAAGUCCCCAGUGAUGUGCCCCCCUCCACCAGCCUCCCUCCUCUGGUUGAAGGCCAGCUAAGAUGCUUCCUGCAGGUGACGAUAAGCCGGGUAUUAUGGACGGUUCACAAGCCUCCAUCUGCAACAUUUGUCAGGCUGCGCUGGUGGGGAGAGUCAUCCAACGGGACGCACUUCUUUCCAAGAGAUGGAUCUCAGCCAUCUCAAAAGACCAUCAAGACCACAGCUCGCUUCCCCAUCCGCUGUGGGCCAAAGCAGUUCACCUCAUAUCUUACAGAUAUGGGUUCUCUGGUGCUGGAAGUUCUGACAAAACCGGAUCAUUUGCCAAUUGCACGAGCUCAGGUUGCGGGCAUUUCUCGUCUCUCUCUAUCACACCCCAUCAGUGGAUUUUACACCCUUGUAUCUCCAACAUCUGAGAAGCUGGGAGAGUUGCAGGUUUCCAUUAAUUUGGAGGCCCUAACAGAAGCCUAUGACAGCAGCAGCUCAGGUCCCACCACAGAUAUCAGCACUGAAGUACCACAGUUCACCACACUGACUGUGCCUUUGCAGCCUAGAUCUCUCUCAGCUUGCAGCGGCAAAGAAUCAGCUGGGAGCAGCAGUGGAAACACACCAAGAGGGAAAGAUCACUUGUAUUUCCAAAAUGGCCAGACAGGCAAAGAAGAGUCACUGGAGAAUCAGAUGCCAAGAACAAACAGAUCUCACAACAGUCAAACGUCCAUGAAUCCUUCAAGCCAGGAGUCUCAUGGCCAAACAACCAAUGAUGUCCUCUCAGUUAUUCUAGAGCGUGGAAACAAGCUGAGAAAUGCUAUGGUGGUAUCAGCUUUGAAAUGUGACAUGGAUUCUACCCCAGCUCUGAAAGACACCCCUCUUCCUCUCCCGAAGGAUAACAUCCUGCCACCGUCCAAACCCUCCCCUUCUCCCUCUGGGAUGUUUCUUCAAAAUAUUCUGCAUGCUGAUUCAACUCUAAAGCACUCCGGUGAUGUCGCUGUAAUCUCAGACUGCGGCUUAGACCGUCCUGCUGACGUGGAUAGCAGAGCUGUGGACCUGCUCCUUGGCAGCUUAAGCACAUCUCCUCUGCCCCUCUGGGAUGGAGAGGACUCUUUCCCUGAAUCUCUGUCUGGCCACAGCAGUGUGAAUGGGGAUAGUGAGCUCAAUGAUCCACAAUAUGAUCAGAGCUUACUGGAAAAUUUGUUCUACAAAACUCCUAUGUCAGAUGUCCAACCAGUUGACACUGAGGUGGAGGGUCAAGGCACAGUGUCCUCCGGUGAAAAGCAGAUGACACAGUCUAGACCAAAGAUUAGUGGAGGGUCAAAUACAGAGCCUCCGCGGUCUGCAGAUGCUGGCGGUUUUCCUCCUGGCCUGAAUGCAGAGCAGCUGGCUUUGCUGGGUUUGAUUCGGCUGGUGAGAGUGACCGUCGACUCCCUGACUGUACCUCCCGGCAGUACAACCACCACACCUAGAAAGACCUCUGGGAAACCUCCUCGACCAUUAAGCACCAAGAAGUGCACAUUUUUUAUAGAGUAUGCGUUCCCUGUGGCUUCCACUUCCAGUCGACAUGACCGUAGUAAGGAUGGGGAAGGGGAGGUGACCAGAGUUGUUGCCAGUAAAGACACAGGUGGAGUGGUGAAGUUCCACCAGCACUCUGUGUUUCCUGUCCACCUCAGUCCAGCAACAGUUAAACAAUGGUGGGGAACUGAUCUGAUUUUCAAGAUUUACUCACGAAAGAGUGACCAGAAGAAACCUGUUCCCAUCGGUAAGGCAGUUCACCCACUGCGCUGUCUGCUGCAGAGCAAGCAGCUGAGUCAGACUGUCAUCUUACCCAUAAAGAGCAUGGAAGGAAACAGGGACACUCAGGAGAUUGGACCUCUAAAGGUUUCCCUAGAACUUGCUAUAGACAACAGAGAUUUCUCCUCUAAAAAAAGUAAAAGCAAGCUGGCUCGGAGAGACAAAUCGCCUUCACAAACUGCACCCAGUCCACAGAGAGGGACCAGCUCCAGAUGUGAACAUGUUGAUGUUGGCAGGAAGGAGUUACCAGCUGGCUCUUUUGAAGAUUCCAGGCUGAAUGUUUGGUUCCCUCAGACACCCUCGAAAGAACCCUCUGCCCAUCCCGGCCUCCACACAUGUCCUCAGAAAUCAUGGCAGCAGGUGGAAGAGGACCCUGAGGUCCUGCUGCACACUUUACUUAUGGUGCCAGAUGGAAAGAACUUCAGCUGUGGGCCCAUGCAGGCUCCAAACGUGUACUUGAACUGUAAACUCUUUUGGUGUGAUGAGACGGCGAGAUCUGUCAUCAGCUGGGGUCAGGCUAAUCCUUCUUUCAACUUUGUUCAGGUGACUCCUGUUGCCUUAACAACUAAGCUGCUGGAGCGGAUGAAGAAUAAUGUGAUGGUAAUCGAGGUGUGGCAGAAGACAGGAAGUUCAGGGCAGGAUCGACUCCUCGGCCUUGUUAAAUUACCUCUUCAUCAGUUCUACAUGUCAUUUAGGGAUCCAAAGAUCGUGCACCUUCUUCUUCAGUCCCAGUACCCUGUUUUAGGGGUAGACUGCUACAUGCCAGUCAUUGAUGUGUUCUCUGGUAGUUGUAAAGGAAACCUCAGGGUUGUUUUGGCGAUGGGCCAAUCGGAGCAAAUAGUUUCCCUGCAGCGUACAAGAGAUGAGGAAUACGACUCUGUAUCUCAUUUUGUGAGGCCGGCUCAUCUGCUUGAUCACCAGCCGCAAACACAAACAAAGGUGGUUGCAGCACAAGAGCAUCUGUUUGUGAUAAGGGUGGAGAAGGUAAAUGGGCUGACACCUCUGCAGUCCACAGUGUGGGGUGAGGCUGAUUGCUACGUCCAGUACAGUUUCCCUUGUCAGGAGGAUUACUCCGCCACGAAUGUGGACCUCAUAGAGAGCAGCGUGAACCUGAAGCUGUUUCGUACCACCACCACUCUCUGUGUCCCCGACCCGGCGUUUGGCCACACUGAGACUCACGUGCUUCUGGCUCCUGAAGGAGUGCCUGUUCAGAGGCUGCUGCUCAGCUCUCUUUCAAGUCAUGGCCUGAGCAGUGGAGGAGGUGUCCAGUUUGAAGUGUGGUGCAGAUAUUAUUAUCCAAAUGUUCGAGAUCAGCUCGUGGCCAAAGGAAUGCUGCCGUUGUCCAAACUGUGCGCCAUGGUCACCAUGCAGAGACAGCAUCCUAACGAGGCUCAAAUGUUCUCCCUGCCCCUGAUUCCCAGAAUGGACAGUCCCACAGGACAUCAGCCUCAGCCCUCAGGCUUGCUGGAUGUGUGCGUUCGGUACAAGCACCGACCAGUGAGACCUGAAGGGCAGACUGGUAAAGGAGCUGCCUCUCGUGUUGUGACACUCGUGGUUCAGGUGCACAGAGCAUCAGGUCUGCGGGCGGCGGCGAGGUUUGUGUCUGAACAAGACGAAAGAUUCAGCUACUUUGCUGAUGUGGGAGUAAACACAUACGUCACGGUCCAGCUCUCCUUCCUGCCUGAGAGUGAGAGGAGGAGCACCCGCGUAGCUGCCAGGACCUUCUGCCCGGAGUUCGACCACCACAUGGAGGUGUCCUGUGAUCUGCUGGUUCAGAGGAGCAGCGGAGAAACCUGCAGCCUGGCUGAGCAGCUGGAAGAGGCGUCUGCUUUCUUCACGGUCUGGAACAGAGACAGUCGCAAAGUGCUCACUCAUAAGCCUAAAGAUGUGAUGUUGGGCACAGUGAAAAUACCUCUGGCUGAUCUCAUCCAUAAGAGAACAGGUAUUUCUGGCUGGUUUGGAGUGUAUAUAUCUCAGGAAGCAAGCUCUUCUCAGCGCCAGCACAUCUUGGUCGGAGGCCUCGAGUUGUCUGUCAACUUCGCCCACCACUCAGACAGGGAAAGAGUCAUUAAAGCUGCUCGGGGUGUGGGCUGGGAAAUAGCUCAGAAUGAAAUGCAAGAUGAUGAAGACAACUGGGGAGACUGCACGAGAAACCUGUCUCUGACUUUUUCUAUGCCUAGAGCGUGGAUACCUAUCCACUGCCUGCUUCUGCCAGGCCACAGCGAGCUUCAGCGCUCCACCUACUGCUACUUCAGGUACAAGUUCUACGACCAGGAUGCCUUCUGCUCCCAGAUGAAACACCCCACUGUUGAGGGUGGGGAGGAUGGCCAGGCCACGGUGGCUUUCCAGGGAAGUAGAACUGUGGAGAUGAGGAACACUCAGCCUUUGAUGUGGUAUCUCCAAGAGGAGAGACUGGAGGUCCAGGUGUGGGUUGCCUUUAAAAAAGACAAAACCCAAAGGCCCAGAGACACGGACCGGCUGGUGGGUUCAGCGUUUGUCGAUCUGUCCUCUCUUAUAAAGACACCCAAGCAGAAACUUACUCUCAGUGGAGUGUAUCCGCUGUUCAGACGCUCAGCAGCAGAUUUACAAGGGGCUGCUCUCAGGGUGCACAUCACUCUGACGGCAGGUUUCGUCCCCGUGGAGGACUCUGCUGGAGUUGACACCCAGGUGGACUCGGACAGCCAGAUGGAGCUUUUAUCAGAAGAGGUGGAAGCAGCAGCCCCCUCGCCCCCUACACCCAAAACCUCACAAAGCAGACACAAGAAUAAAUCCUCCAGAGCAACUCCAGACAUCACAUCUGUGCAGCACACAGAAAUGAGUAUGGAGGAGUCUUUCCCUGUGACUGUUGCAGUGGACCGAGCAAUGCACCUCAAUCUGAAAGGCUGUCCUCUAGCAGAGCGCAAUGAAGGGUCACCAUGCUGCUGUGUUUCGUACGUCACUGCAGACUCUGCUGAGCCAGCGUCCACUGCUGUCGUAGCCAACACCGACAGCCCCGUGUGGGACCAUCAACACGAGUGCAGGCUUUCAAAGCAGCUACUGGUUGAUCCACAACAAUCUCUCGUGUUCAAAGUCUGGCACAAAGGAGACAUGGAGAGGGUGAUUGGAUUUGCCUCUGUAGACCUGUCCCCCUUACUCUGUGGGUUCCAGUCAGUGUGUGGUUGGUACAACAUCACAGACUUCAGUGGUCAGUGUCACGGCCAGCUCAAAGUGUCCAUUACUCCACUAAAGGGGGUUCAAGACCUCCGAGGACAGAGAAAAAUUGUGAAUGAAGAAGCUGCCAAAAACUCACCGGGUGUAUUCCAGGCGCUCCCCCUCAGCUACCAUACCACAGCCUCAUACAGCAGCUUUCCCUCUCACAUCUGCCGAUACCCCGAGCAGAAGAUCUUGUCACCUGACCACAUGGACAAGUUGUUCUCUGAAAGGUCCAGUGAGAGCGACCGCCACUGUGAGCACAUGGACAAAGUACGUCUUCACCAUCAGAGUCUGCAGGAGCGAGCAGCAGCUAAUUCUGUCUGUAGCAGCAGUGCUUGUGACAUCAAUCCCUCCAGCUCGUUCCUGUUUUCAGCACUCAGGAAAAAACUCAGCGAGCUCGACAACAUCCAGAGAUACUUCAGUCGUAAGCUUUCAACUCCCACAUUCCCGUCUAUGAAUGAGCAGGACUUUCACUCUGAGCCUGAGGAACAGAGGGAUGCAGACACGUCUCAGCUUCUUCUCAAGUGCAACCAGUUAGUCGGAGAAGUCAACAACAUCACGAGUGGUCUGCGAGGACACCACUUAGAAACGAUUCCCUCAAACCCACAGAGCAGCUCAACAACUUCCCCUGCUGGAGACGACAAGCCUGAAACACUCGCUGAGAUCUCCAGUCCACGCAGAGCUUCAGACUCUUCCCAAGAAGAACUGCUUCCUCCGCUCUCGCCACUGUCAAAGAUGUCUGAAGAUCACACGGACUCUGAGCCUGAGGACGACAAGGACAGACCAAACUGCAAAGUUACUGAGCCCGAGGAUGAAAAUGAAGAAGGAUCGGACGAAGAUGAGGAUGGGACAGGCAGCAGACGGGACGAGAACACUGAUGACGAUGAAGAUGAAGAUUAUGAGGAAGUUACAGUGAAGCCGAGACCUCUGAAUGAGGUGACAUCUUUAACAGACAGAACUAGUCCUUGGACCAGCAUCCUGUCAGACCCUGACCUGGUUUGUCUGGAGAGUCUGGAGGCACCAGAGGAGCCGAAUCUGAGCCAAGGCGAGUACGAGAAGAGAUUAAAUCUGCAACCUCGUGACCGAAGUGGGAAACACAAGUGUGACAGACGGGAGGACGGGGACAGUUUUAGUGGAUCAGCAGGAGACGCCUCAGACACAGACGGAGAUGAUGAGAGGACACGACAUGCUUUAAAUGAGGGAAGAGUAGAAGAACCUAGCAGCCCCAGUGAGGGGUCAGGUGACGAAUAUUUAUCACCCACCACCCAGCGCGUCACAGAUACCCAUGAUGCUUCAUGCUCCAAUCAAGAAACUUUGCCUCAACCCUCCGUGCCUGCAGAAGUCCCCAACUUCUUCCUCCCCUCUCACCAACUGGAGGCGUCUAUGAGAGCCAUACGACUAGCUCCUUCUUUCUCCCAGUCGGCCAGUGACCCGGAGCGAAGCUCUCCAGCUCGUCGCAGAGAUCUUCGACAGCGUCGCAACAUGUCGCCAUCAUCAAUGAAGAAAGAGACAGAGAGAAUAGCGAAGAUAUUUGCAGCUCAUUUUGAUCACAAUCAGUAGCACAUGGUUUUCUGUUUGCUAAGCAUUCAUUAUUGUUUACUGCUCAGUGCUGUCAGACCAUGAAAAGGAAAAUGAAAUGUAAAUUAAAUGUAACAUUUUGUAUGUAUUUUUUAUAAAUAAAUAAGAAUAUGUUUUCAA